AAAGCUCAAGCUGGAGAAGCAGAAGCUCGUUCCUUUGUAUGAUUCAACGUCACUGCGACGCCAAACGUCAAAAUAAAAAAUAUAUAUACAUAUAUACAUAAACAUUAAAGUGAAAGUUAUCAUUUAUAUCAACAUGGGAAAUGUUGACACAAAACUUAAUUUUCGUAAAGCUGUCGUACAGCUGACGUCUAAAACACAAGUAAUUGACGUGGCUGAUGACGAGUUCUGGGACCAGUUUUGGUCGGAGAACGUGUCUAAUGUCCAAGAUGUAUUUACGUUGAUUCCUGCCACGGAAAUACGUAUGCUUCGAGAAGAAUCUCCAUCAAAUUUAGCGACACUGUGUUACAAAGCGGUGGAGAAACUGGUAAAAGCUGUUGACAGCAGCUGUCGGACUCAGCGUGAUCAGAUGACGGUACUGAAUUGCUGCAGACUAUUAACGAGAUUGUUACCGUACAUUUUCGAAGACCCGGACUGGAAGGGAUUUUUCUGGUCAAGUUUACCGGGAAAGGAGCCAGAAGAUGAAAGCAUGCCGCUGGCACACUCGUUGCUCAAUGCAAUCAGUGACUUAUUAUUCUGUCCAGACUUUACAGUGGUCUCAGGACGUAAGUCUGGUCCAGAAAAAGCUGAAGAUCUAGCUUCUAUAGAUAGCUGUGAGUAUAUUUGGGAAGCGGGAGUCGGUUUUGCGCACUCGCCCCCACGUUAUCCGCACUUGGACUCCAACAGAACGGAGCUACUGAAGCUACUGCUGACCUGCUUCAGCGAGACAAUGUACAAUCCGCCAAAUGAUUCAGUUUUUGUACCGAACAAGUGGAUCCAUUACUUAACAAGCGCUGAAAAUCACAACGCGCUGCCCAUGUUCACUUCUCUCUUGAACACAGUCUGUGCCUACAAUCCCGUAGGACUUGGAGUUCCUUACAAUCACUUGCUAUUUACUGAUUCACUGGAACCACUUGUUGACGUCGCACUGCAAAUUCUUAUCGUUACGCUGGAUCAUGACGUAAGCGGCGGUGUUGCUUCUGCUUCUGAGGAGUUAUCAAUGACUGCUGAUAAUUUAUUCAUUAAUUACCUCAGCCGUAUUCAUCGUGAUGAAGACUUUCAUUUUGUACUAAAGGGUAUCACGAGAUUACUUAAUAAUCCUCUUACGCAAACAUAUUUGCCUAAUUCAACGAAAAAAGUACAUUUUCAUCAAGAGCUUUUGGUAUUUUUUUGGAAAAUGUGUGAUUAUAAUAAAAAAUUUUUAUAUUUUGUACUUAAAAGUUCAGAUGUACUUGAAGUUUUGGUGCCUAUUUUAUAUCAUCUCAAUGACUCGAGAGCUGAUCAAUCUCGAGUUGGAUUAAUGCAUAUCGGAGUAUUUAUUUUACUACUAUUGAGUGGAGAGAGAAAUUUUGGAGUGAGACUAAAUAAACCGUACACGGCAACAGUACCAAUGGAUAUUCCAGUCUUCACUGGAACUCACGCAGACUUACUGGUGACAGUAUUCCACAAAAUAAUCACGACAGGCCAUCAAAGACUCCAGCCACUCUUCGACUGCUUACUCACAAUCCUAGUAAACGUAUCGCCAUACUUAAAAACUCUGUCCAUGGUAGCCAGCACAAAGCUACUCCAUUUACUCGAAGCAUUCAGCACUCCCUGGUUCUUGUUCUCCGCCCCGACAAAUCACCAUCUCGUGUUUUUCCUAUUGGAAAUAUUCAACAACAUCAUACAGUACCAGUUUGAUGGCAACAGUAAUCUCGUCUACACAAUUAUCAGAAAGCGACAGGUCUUUCAUGCCCUUGCGAAUCUCCCGAGCGACUGCAGUACUAUUGCAAAGUCUCUGAGCAAAAAACAACGCAAGCAGAUACCAUCGACCAGCACGUCUACGGACAACGUAAACGAGGCUGCAAUGGAAGGUUCACGUCCAGCUCAACCUGCUGAACCCGGAACACUAAAUGCUACUCUGCUGGAGACCCCAGGGAUUGAGAAGAUGACGGAGAAAGAAUCAGCUCAUCCUCUCAGUCCCUCGAUAUCGGAUGUUGAUAUCAGCAAAACUGUUGCUUCUGCUAAUGGUAAAGAUCAAGUUACUUCUCCUGACUGUCAACUCAAAAAAUCUAUUAUCCAAAGAGGAAGUAUCAGAGUAUCUGAAGAAAGAACAAAUACUCCAAAUCAAUGGGUUCCAUCAGCUGACUGGGUCUAUCAAUGGAAAACAAAACUUCCUCUGCAAACAAUAAUGCGAUUGCUGCAAGUACUAGUACCACAAGUUGAAAAAAUUUGUAUUGACAAGGGCCUGACAGAUGAAAGUGAAAUCCUCAAGUUUUUGCAACACGGUACUUUAGUCGGACUACUUCCUGUCCCACACCCCAUAUUAAUACGCAGGUAUCAAGCCAACGCAGGUACCACCGCCUGGUUCCGUACUUACAUGUGGGGAGUAAUUUAUCUGAGAAAUGUUGAACCGCCAAUUUGGUACGACACGGACGUAAAACUCUUUGAAAUCCAACGGGUCUAAUCAAUCUGACAAAUCAAAUAAUUAUGUCAAUGCUUAAUUACAAAGCAAACGAUUUAAAUUAAAAAAAGAAAUAAUUUUAUUCGCCUGCUACAUAAAUAUGCCUGUACAAUUUUUGUGUAUGCAAUUUAAUCAAUUACAU